AUCUUCAUCCACACACUUUCCGACCUACUCUAUUCAGACAGCUCCAAAGAAAUAGCAUCAUGUCGGCAAACAAGAGUAACAGUAACCUCCCUCGCAUCGUCCUUGGGACUAUGACUUUCGGACUGGAGGAGACACCGACCGAAAGUACUGUGAUCCGUGUCCGUGGAAAGAAAAAGGUCGGAGAGUUUCUGGAGAUGCUCCACGCCUAUGGUCACAUCGAGAUCGAUACAGCAAGGGUCUAUGGCCAAGGCGACACUGAGAAGGUCCUGAGCCAGCUGCCAACGGCCCAUUUCAAGAUUGCCACCAAAGUCUUCCCUGGGUAUCCAGGAGCACACGAUGCCAUCCAACUGCCCAAGAUUUUCCGCCAGUCUCUGGAAGCUUUGAAUGCCACCAAGGUCGAUAUCUUCUAUCUCCAUGCACCUGAUUACGACACACCCUUUGAAGUCACACUCAAAGCUGUCGAUGAACUCUACCGCGAGGGCCUCUUUGAGAGACUUGGAUUGUCCAACUAUUCAUCGUGGCAUGUGGCUACGAUUUACGAGCACUGUAAGCAGAAUGGUUACGUGCUUCCUUCGGUCUACCAGGGCAACUAUAAUGCCAUCAAUCGCUCCGUUGUUCCCGAGCUGCUGCCUUGCCUGCGACACUACAACAUCGCCUUCUACGCCUUUAAUGUCAUCAGCAGUGGUCUCUUAUCGGGCAAGUACAAGUUCCAGGAAGAUGAGAUUGCAGAGGGCAGCCGUUUCGACCCAAACACAGGAUUCGGAAGUGUCUUCCGCGAAUACUACUGGAACAAGCUCCACUUUGAAGGAGUCAAGGCCUUGGAGAAGGCCGCCAAGGCCAACGACCUCACCCUCCUGGAGGCGUCCUUGCGCUGGAUCAGGCACCACGCUGGCCUCACUGCUAAGGACGCCAUCAUCCUUGGAGUCUCGAACAUCAAGCAUUUUGAGGAGAACCUAACAGACCUCGAGAAGGGACCGUUGCCUCAAGCUAUGAUCGAUGCCUUUGAUGAGGCCAGUGAGCAUGUCAAGGCGGCAGCUCCGGCAUAUUUCCGAAGCCCUGAAACUCCCCAACUGCCUGUUAAUAUGAAGAAAGACUGAGCUGCUUUGAAGUGUCUAUACUCGCAUUGGUGUGCCAUAUCGGACAGACACUUUCAUAGGAUCACUCUAGAUAGAAGAGACCACCUGGUGACCUAUAUACCUAUAUAAAGGGAACCAGACAGCCUUAUUAAAGAUCCC